AUGCCGUCGCACAAAACCACCAUCAUCAAGACGCGCCUCGCGAAGGCCGCCAAGCAGAACCGACCUCUGCCCAACUGGAUUCGUAUGAAGACUGGCAACACCAUCCGAGCACCCGACUCGUAUUUAGCAGAGGAGGCUGCGUGCUUUGAAUUUGCUGCUGAGCUGGCUAAAACGUUGGCAGAUAACACUGCAGAGGUAUCGCAUUAUCUUCACGAGCAAAAAAUUUGCGGCGCCAUUAUUCCGUUCUAA